AUGGAUGAGAGACCUACUUCAUUCCCUGCGGACGUGAUGCCAUCUACCACUACGACGGCUACUACUGCUAGCACGGGCUCGACUCUCCACGCCAUCCCCUACGAAGAUAGCACGACCAGAUCCGACUCCUUAUCGACCCCCGGCGCCUCCUCCGUCGACUCCGAAUCCAGAUCCCGAUCCAUCAGCACCACCGGUUCGUCAUCUGCAGGCGGUGCUACUGGUCCUGGCGGCGCAGGCGACCAGCCACGGGCCUCCCCGACCUCGUCGCAUGGAAAUAAGUUCCCGGAGACAGGGCUGGCAGGAAAGGAUAGCAGGACGAUCCGGUCGGAGGGGGAUAAUUCGGGCCUCAGCCUGCGCAGUAUCCCUAGCAUUAUUGUGAACGAUGCUGCCAGUCUCCGCCCCAGUUCGCGUCCUGGCUCUCGCCCCGGGUCUCGCCCCGGCUCGCGCUGGUCGGAGCGCAAAUGGGGCGGUUUAAGGACUAGGAGGUCCGCGGAGCUCGACAGACCGACGUGUUCUGUUUGUCCUCCUUCACCUCCGCCUCCUGUACCUCAGAUGGAUCCCCAAUUCAGCGGUAUCUCGCUCGAUAUUCCCACUGGGUCAUUGGAUGGCCUUGGGCCACAGUCGAUGAAGUUCUCCAAGCGCGGAAGCCUUAUCAAGCAUCCGUCGCAACAAAAAUCAGGAGAAGCGCAGUCGCAGUCGCAACCCGAACUGCAACCGCAACCACAACAACAACAACAACCGCCACCAAAGCAGCCAGAACAGUCUCAGUAUGAGGGACAACAAGGAGCUAAAGAGCCCCAACAGGAGCCGCCACAAGAUGAUUCACAAAGCGAGCAGAAAUUAGUAGAACAGCCAGAAGAACCUAAACAACCUGAAUCGCAAGAGCAACAAGAUAAACAAUUGGAAGCCACACCAAUUUCGCCUGCCUCCUCUGCGGAUGACCAAAGUGACGUACAACAGCCGCAAUUCCAUGGCGCCCAGCCAAGAUUUCUGAAGCCAUCGGCUUCGCUUCGUGUUAGGCGCCAAAUAAGCAUCCCGUCCCGAGCGAUUUCUGCGGACGAGGACAUGCUGUCGCGGCGCGUCAGACUGAUGUACGAAAAGGGGGAGGAAAAUGUGAGUGACUCUGAAGUGGCCGACUCAAUGGCCAUGGAGAAUGGUGUUCUGUGGGAGGAAGCAGCAGAGACGCCUGCUUCUGAUGCUCCGAGUGAUGCUGGGACCAAACGGCUGUCGACAGUGAAGCCCGAACGAAAGUCCAUGCUCAAAAAGGAAACCAAUGAGCUGGCAGGUGGUAUCGAGUACUGGCAGAACAUUGGAGCAGGCGACGUCGAUAGAUACGGUUUCAUCCGUCAUCCUCAAACGAGCUCUGGCGACACUACAGAUCAACCCAACCCGAUCCAGCGAGUUGCUACGAGUCUGCUUCUUUCUUCUGAGACACCUCGGCGGAAACACUCGAUUCGCCCUCCAUCGGCCCUGGCAAGUAACCGCUCCUUCACCGGACGUUCACCCACACGCAAGUUCUCUGAACCUUCGAUCCGUCCAUCCUCUUCUCAAAGUACAUAUAGCUCGCCAAUGCGGCGGUCAACGUCGCGAUUUCGCCACGCUGCGAACCAUCUUCCGCACAAUCGCGAUCGCCGGUUUACAGACGAGGCAGCCGACAUGCUCACACUACCUGUUAAUGCAGUUGACUCUGCCAAUGGGCUCGAUUCCGCCGCGGCGCGCGCCAUGAAAAGGAAAGAGUGGGAGCGAGAAGACAAGUGGGCCAAGAUGGCUCGACCAUCCAAGAAGAACAAAGAUGGCGGUGGCAUGAAGUUCGAGUUCGACACGCAGAGUUCAAAACUCAUCGAACGCACCUGGAAGGGCAUCCCUGAUCGAUGGCGCUCGACAGCAUGGUACUCGUUCCUCGAAGCAAGUGCCAGAAAGCGUAGCGACAGUCCUAGUGAAACAGAGUUGGUGGAAGCAUAUCAUGAGUUCCAGUACGUCUCGUCGCCGGAUGAUGUGCAGAUCGAUAUCGAUGUGCCACGAACCAUCACCAGCCACAUCAUGUUCCGGAGACGUUAUCGCGGUGGACAACGGUUGCUGUUCCGUGUUCUGCACGCCAUGUCGUUGUACUUUCCGGACACCGGUUACGUUCAAGGCAUGGCAGCGUUGGCCGCGACACUAUUGGCUUAUUACGAUGAAGAGCAUACAUUUAUCAUGCUCGUUCGUCUUUGGCAGCUACGAGGCCUGGAACGUCUGUACGAACAUGGCUUCGCUGGUUUGAUGGAGGCUCUCGGUGACUUUGAACGAGAAUGGUUGGAGGGUGGUGAAGUCGCCGCCAAGUUGAAUGAAAAUGGCAUCCCACCAACGGCCUAUGGCACCCGCUGGUAUCUAACAUUGUUCAACUACUCGAUUCCAUUUCCGGCCCAACUGCGGGUCUGGGACGUCUUCAUGCUCCUUGGCGAUGCAGACCCAACACCGUCGCAUUCGGUCCUCCCGCUUAAAGGGUCCAAGCAACUUCAGACAAGCGGCUUUGGCAAAGGACUGGAUGUCCUUCAUGCUACUUCUGCAGCCCUAAUAGACGGAAUGCGGGAGAUUAUCCUCGAAUCUGACUUUGAGAACUCCAUGAAAGUUCUCACCAGUUGGGUGCCGAUCAAAGAUAUCGAGUUGUUCAUGCGAGUUGCCAAAGCGGAAUGGAAAGUCCAUCACCGGAAAAAGUUUUCAUGA